GAAACUUCUCCUCGAGCCAUCUACUCUUCACCAAUUGGUGCGGUCGUUUCUAGCGUCCGGGUUGGUUCCCGGAAGGAUCGCGGGAAACAGUGAAAUACGGGUAUUUUCUUGGAAGCUUGCGAGUCUGCCAGCCUGGACGUUGGAGUUGUUCUCUCUCUCCUCCCACCCACCCUCUUCCACAAACUUGGGCGCCCACACACAGCACACACCACGCCGUACAUAUCCCACAACACAAGCUUAUUUAUUUAUUUAUUUAUUGUGUUUUUUAUUUUUUACUUUGUUUUUACACUUCCCACCACCCUUUCCUCUCACCCCCGCUCCUCCCUCCUUAUCACCUCCGGCUCAGCAAAAGCACAGAAAGUGUAUGAGGGAGCUAGGGAAAGAAGAAGGAUUCCUUUAUGAUAUUGUUCUCGGGGAUAUAUAUACAUUUCCCUUUCCUUUCAUUUCGUUUCCCUUAAUUUUUCCGUUCGCUCUUUUUGGCUCUCGAUAGCGGCAGCAGGAAGCAGGGAGAGAGAGAGAGAGAGAGAGGGUAGGGGGGGUUUGCAGUAGUAGCAGUGAUAGGAUGGUUCCAGUGGGGGGGCAGGCGGGGCAUCGCCGCAUGUCUUCGUUGCGGAGUACAACACUCAACUUUUUCAAGGGCAACAACAAGGGUUCGCAGCUGCAGCACUCCACCAGUUUACGGCGGAACGAGUUGACGAUCAACAGCCAACUGCCUAUCACGGAGGAGAACGUGUCGCCAACAACGACAGGGCCACCGAACAGGGCCGACACAGAGCCCACUCUCCCAGAAAAGACAAUGAGUCGACACCAUUUCUCCUCGACCGGAGUUUUUGAGGUUGGCUUUGGAAGGGGACCACCACCAUUACCGGCUUCCAAGCGAGAGUCUAGUAGCGCUGGCGGCGACGACGAGGACGGCAACGGAUCGACGACCACGAUAGGCGUGGAUGCCAGAGAAAUGUCUCCUUCACGACAAUCCGAAUUUGACAGUAUGGAGGAGAGGCUGGGUUCUGCCACCACGCAGUCGGCGAGGGGCAAGAAGCGGGGACAGAAGCUGAAGAUGGCGCUCAGCCUCUUGAGGAGGAGGAGCAACACUAAUUUACGAAGGGCAUAUGGUGAUUCUGUGGACGGUAAUAGUGAAACGAGUAGGGACCAGGAAGCUUUCUUUGUGAGUUUGUGUUGAUUUUGCGGCGGGGAAUUGAUCUUGGUGACGCUUGACCGGACUGACCGACCGCUCGGGUAAUUGUCAGGAACCACUUCUCGAUCCCGAUUACAUUGAACCAGCCCCUUCUCCCACCCGAGCCACUGUCACACCAUCCGGACAACUCAACCAGCCAAAGACCAAUGGAUUUAAAUUCGCCUUGGCCCCCCGCUCUCAUGCUCGUCAAGUACUGACUAAAGCCCCACCACAACCACCUCCGGAUAAUAGACGACCCCGUCGAGCAACAGUAGCUAGUGUUAUAUUCGACCCACCAGGUGACCCGGAACGUCCCCGAAACUCAAUUUGGUCGGGCAGGCCAUCCAGCAGUCAGUCGGGUAUAUUGAAAGGAAUGCCCCAAGAGGAAGGAGGUAUGAGCAAUGGGAGUCUCGUCAAUCCAGAUGGCACCCUGGUGAACGGCACAGCAACCCCCGGCGGGGGAUUGUUUCCCAGGCCGGCAAGCCUUCAACGGCACUGGAGCGAUGGCGCACAGAAUAACCACGGAACAGCUUCGAUCAUGGAUAGGUCUGGUGUGAGCACGCCCUGUCUCAACCAGGACCCUGUAGGGCCCCUGGGUUUCGGUCCGAUGUUCAAUGGUUAUGGGGGGAGUAUGAAGAUCACGGAGGCGGUGUCACUAGAGACCAGGGUGCAAGAGUUAGAAACACAGGUUGCAACGCUCCACAACUUUAUCACCCAGCACGUUGAAUUCCCACUGCAGCCACGGCGGGCCUUCUCAACGGGGGCACCCACAAACCGGGAGCUUGUUCUACUCCGACCACCCCACGACGACCGGAAAUUCUCAAAGCGCAGUUUCUCGCUUUCGUCUGCCGGGUCAUCGGAAAGGCUCGGUAGUCCCGAGCUGCCCAGCACCCCACGGAAUCUUUGCCCCCCACCGCGAUCGGCAGACCAGCGGGUACCACAAUACUCCCCGCGCACCGAACAAGAGCGUGAAGAGACGUUGCAAGUUCUGGAAGGUUUCCGUGUGAAUUCUGAGAGCAAGCGCAACACUGCGUCAACCAUCAAAGGCCCAACCCCAAUGCGCGACAACUUGAUAGAAGCCCGCUCUCCCUCACCAACCCCAAUUGUCAGCGUGGCGCAAUAUGCAGGCCUGGUCUCGCAGGUCAAGCGUGAGCAGCGAGCUCGCCGAAAACUCGAAGCCCAAAUCGCUAAUCUCCAAGAGCAAAUGUCUCUUGUCCUACACCGCCAACUCCUACAAUCAUCGGCGAGCCCUACAAUCGCGGAUGCCAUGUCCCUCCGCCCUGGCGACUUUAGCAGCAUCCGUCGUAAGACCUCGUCUGAAGUUCCCACGCCAGAUCCUACACCCCCGCGAGCCAGCCCUGUUAGCAAUUUGUUUACGGGCUUCGAUAGUAGUAUGGUGGACGAUGACGACUCGGACGACGAAAGCGUUUUCAUGGGUCUCGACGCCGACGAAAACGAGAUCUGGGAGACACCGGCCGAGGAGCGAGAAAGCAUGAUAUCUGACUCGGACAGUGAUCGUGGCUUUCGAGAAACGUUAUCCGCCUCCCCGAACCCGCAGCGGACGCUGAGCCUCAGCCAAUUGACACAUAAGUCUUCGCUGGCCCGGUGAACGAGGGAGGAUGUGUGUACGAUAUGACGAAGUCAUUUUUACCUUCGAAUAAUGUUUUAUCGAUGAAUACCAUUUUUCUCUUUUUCUUUAUAUUACCCUCCUGAUGGUUUGGUUUUGGUUGGUUUGGUUCUUGGGGCAUGACUGGCUCGGAUGCAUUGGGCAAGACAAAAUGGUUCUUGCGUUUCUUUCUAUGAUAUCUUCAUCUCCCCUUUUUUCUCUUUCUUGGGCGGUUUAUCUAUUCUUCGAUUUAGCGAUUCCCAUUUUCUCCUAUAUUUGGCCCACCCCACCCAUAUUUCACUUGUCUCCACUCGCAUAUCACCAUGCCCUCCUCUAGCUCUGGUACAUUGUCCUCUUCAUUUCUCUGUCCAUUCUUAUUCCUUAUUCCUUUCUUUUAUUCUUCAUUUUCUGAAAAGAGUUUGGUGUUCUGGUUUUCCUGGUACGGUACAGUCCCCCCGGUCUACAGUGCGGUACCGACAUAGCGACAUGGUUGUUUGCUCGACUUAUUUGUUUGAUGUUGGUCAGAAUGGGAGUGAAGCUUCAUUCGCGAACCGUGAAGAGGCUGCUCCUUUAUGUUUAUGUUUAUGUUUGUUCUCCCCUCGCCCUAACACGAUCUCGAGCAACCGGAAUUGUAUUCGCACCGGGCUUUGGCUUGCCUAUGCUUUAGUUCACGUACAGU